UCUUAGCAAUUCAGAAAAACGAGAGCGCAGCGCACACUAGAUUUUGUGCAUAGAUGUCCUAAAAUGGACACCGUAAUCCUAAAAAGCCACCAGACCCAGAUUUCCCUAUGCAAACUCAUGUUCUCCCGCCCAUAUUUUGGUCAUGUGGCCGUGACGUCACAAUCUUCUAAAAUCUACUCCAUUCUAUCUGUGGAUGGCCUGUAACUGGGAGGUGGGAGGCCGUGACCGUAUUGGUCAUGUUUUUUUGCCUCUUCUCAGGAGCCUUUGGUGGUUUUUAAACUGUGCCUUGGCACUUGAGAGAGGAUUAUGGGACAUAGAAUGCCAGUGACCGUGAUGUGGGAGUUUCAGCAAUUUGUGAGUGCACAGAUAUCCGGGUCAUUUUAGGAGAAGCCAGAUGAUCAUCGACACCCUCACUGUGUGACUGUGUAAGGCCCGGGCUAUGUCAGAGUGGAGAAAGUGAAGCUGUUGAUUACUACUGCGCAUGCUCCAGUUAUUUGCAUAUUGUGAUCUGAUUGUGACUAGGUCAGAGGUCCCUUGCCUGGCAGAACAAAGAGACCUAAGACUUUAUUGAGAGCCAUCACCAUGUCUGAUUCUGACAUCUUGCAUUUUCGGUUUGAGCAACAAGGAGACUGUGUCCUGCACAAGAUGAAUAUUUUGAGAGAGCAAAACUUGUUUUGUGAUGUUUCCAUUUACAUAAAUGAUGCAGAGUUUCAUGGACAUAAGGUGGUUUUUGCUGCUUGUUCUACGUUCCUGAGGGACCAGUUUUUGCUGAAUCAGUCCAGGCAAGUUCAUAUAACUAUAUUGCAGAAUGCUGAAGUUGGGCAAAAGUUACUUCUGUCGUGCUACACUGGAGUUUUGGAAGUGAAAAAGAAAGAGCUUUUAAAAUAUUUGACUGCAGCAAGCUACUUACAAAUGGUCCACAUAGUUGAGAAAUGUACAGAUGCCCUAUCUCAGUACUUAAAAAAUGAGCCAGAAACCCAGCCCUUAUCCAAGGAUCCUUCUUGCCCUGCUGAGAUUGAGACUGCAGAGAGCCUGGAUAAAGAUUGCGAGAUUAUUGAACUGUCUGAAGACAGCCCCUUGAACUUAGAUUUCCAGGUCAAGAAGGAAGAUAAUGAACAGGGGAAAAUACACAGCCCCGUUUCCGACAAUAAUGACAUCUCUUCUGUGGAAAUUGACUACAAGGAUAAUGACAUUUGUAUUUUCAGGGUGGAUUCUCUUCCUGAGAGUGCUAACAAUCCAGACACUGCACAGUUCUCCCAACCUUGCACCUCUUCAAAAUCUAACAUGUUUUUCUCAGAAACCCAGCACUGUUCUAUCAACUCAACUGUCGAAAACCGCAUGAUCGAUUUGUCUGAAAAUCAGGUUCAAACGUUUCAUGAAGGAGGGUAUGCAGGAUCUGGGAUGGCGCAUUGCCUACCAACAGCAACUGAAGGAGUCCCCUCAUGGCGGCACCAGUGCCCAAAGUGCCCUCGGGGUUUUUUACACUUGGAGAACUACAUGCGGCAUCUAAAGAUGCAUAAACUGUUUUUGUGUUUGCAGUGCGGAAAAACAUUCACUCAGAAAAAGAAUCUAAACCGGCACAUCCGUGGCCACAUGGGUAUCAGGCCCUUUCAGUGCUCUGUUUGCUUAAAAACUUUUACUGCCAAGAGCACUCUACAAGAUCACAUGAACAUCCAUAGUGGCGAUCGCCCAUAUAAAUGCAAUUGCUGUGAUAUGGAUUUUAAACACAAAUCCGCUCUAAAAAAACAUCUCAGUUCGGUUCAUGGUAGAGUUGGAGGUGAAAAGUCAAACUUGGAAGCUAUUACCAAAAUCACCAUAGACUAUGAUUAGCAGGGCCAGGCCAAGCCGUCAGGGCUUCCUAGGCCCCUGGUCGGCUACUCCACCCCCGUGUGUAAGGGGAGUGAUGGAGGUAGGGGAGAGUGAUCGAGGACUAGGGGUACAGAAAACUUUUGAACAGGUAGCUCCCAGCGCCCCCACAUCUUUGCGCCCUAGGCAGGUGUCUCUUCUGCCUACCCCUAGUUCAGGCCCUGAUGAUUAGUGUGCAUGUGCAUUACCUUUAUGUUUUCGAUUAUAGAUCCUAACAAAGCACAAGCAUAAUGGUUGUGUUCUAGCACGACUGUAUACAUUUUUGGAAAGUUAGUCAAGCAUUGAAAUGUAUAAGUAAAGAUACAACAU